CUACUGUCACUGUCACUGUGUCAUUUUUUUGUGUCAAUCAGUUUUUCAGUGUCACCAAAUCGUAAGGAAACAAACGAAGAUGUCAAGUUACCUUCAGAAUUUGUCAUUUUAAAUGAUUUAAGAAGUUGUUGUACGUUGUUUUUAUAAUUAAGAUUCAUCAUUAUGUUAUCUUGGUUCAUCUCUUAUUAGUGAGGUUAGACAAACUAACUAAACAAUACUCUUGAUUGGAGAAAUCAUCCUACUAACUGUAUCAGUUUAUUCAUCUAUCCAUCUAGCCUAAAUUUCUAGAAUCAAGAUCUAAUGGCACUCUCCUAUCUUGAAAUGGAUAAAUGGUUGUCCGACCAUGCCUCGUGUGAGGCAGAACACAGAUUCAUUGUUGAGUUACUCAACACAAGGUCAUAUGAACCGAGGACAUCGAAGAAGUAUGAUUUACUAUCAGCGAAAAUCAGAGUGCAACUUAAACAGUUUGAGACAAGUGUAAAGAAUCUCAAACUGAAGCUAGAAGAUGAUUUCACACUAACUCACGGUGAAAAGGAGAGAAGAUAUCGACUAGUAGAAAGCUUGGAAAGCUCUAUCAUCCAGCUGACUCAGAAGUUUAAUUCCAGAUCUGGGGAAGAGGAAAGGCGCAGUCUGAUGGGAGCAGUUGGUGAACUUCAGUCUUCAGGAUGGGCUUCUGAUGAAGAACCUGAUACAGCUCCUCUACUGCAAAGCAACGACCAGAUCAGAGAGCACCAGCAAAGACUUAUGAGAGAUCAAGAAGAUGGACUUGAAAGGCUUUCACAAGUUAUUUCCAGACAAAAAGACAUUGCCCGUACUAUUGGAAAUGAGGUGGACUACCAAAACGAACUGGUGGACAACAUCACCAACACGAUGGAUCGGACAAACGUCUCCAUACAACGUGAAACUUCUCACGUUCAGGUCAUCACCAGGACGGACAAUACGUGUGGCUACUGGAUUGUGAUCCUGUUGCUGUUUAUUGCCAUCGUGUUUGUCGGAACUCUCUAGUCAAGUUCCAAGACAUGCAUUCCUGUGAUAUAAAGGUGCACCCAACAUUUGCUGUGUGUAACAGAACAUUUUUAUCCUAUUAAUAAACAGUGUUAGAACUGUUAAUGAUAUUACUGCUUGAAAAUAUUUUAUUUAUUAUACUAUUACUACUGGUAAUUACUUAAUUGGUCUAAGACCUAGGGAUCUACUUAAUGUAUAUUUUUGCUAUAAAACUGUUAUGAAGAAAACAAAUUGUUUACUUGUAAGUAUACUCGUUAUGUCUGUUGUAUUAUUUUCCUCUUGAAUAUUAAUUACAUAAGUUUGUCAAUACAA